AUUUCUUUUUAAACACGUGUUGUACGUGUGAUGGACUCACUGCGAGUCCAGUUAAUAUUUACUAGAAAAUAAUAACAUUACAACAACAAAAUGAGUUUGUACAACUUUAAAAAGAUCGCCGUAGUCCCUACGGCUAAGGACUUUAUAGAUAUAAUUUUGUCAAAAACACAAAGGAAGACUCCUACAGUAGUGCACAAGCAUUACAAAAUAUCCCGGAUACGUGGGUUUUAUAUGAGAAAAGUGAAAUUUACGCAGCAGAAUUUCCACGAUAGAUUGUCCCGUAUUAUUCAGGAAUUCCCGAAGCUAGAUGAUGUGCACCCAUUCUAUGCUGACCUGAUGAAUGUGCUGUACGAUAAGGACCACUACAAGCUUGGUCUCGGCCAGCUGAACACCGCUCGCCAUCUCAUUGACAAUGUAGCAAAAGACUAUGUACGCCUGCUCAAAUACGGAGACUCGCUGUACCGCUGCAAGCAGCUGAAACGCGCGGCGCUCGGUCGCAUGGCCACCAUCAUGAAAAGACAGCAAGCCAACCUGGCUUACUUAGAACAGGUGAGGCAGCAUUUAGCCCGUCUGCCCUCCAUCGACCCCUACACUAGGACUAUCAUCAUCUGCGGGUUCCCCAACGUUGGCAAAUCUAGCUUCAUCAACAAGAUAACCCGCGCCGACGUGGAAGUGCAACCAUACGCGUUCACGACAAAGAGCUUGUACGUGGGACACACAGACUACAAAUACUUGAGGUGGCAGGUGAUCGACACUCCCGGAAUCCUGGACCAUCCCCUGGAAGAGAGGAACGUGAUAGAAAUGCAAGCUGUCACGGCGCUAGCUCAUCUCAGGGCCGCCAUCUUGUACUUCAUCGACCCUUCAGAGCAGUGCGGCCACAGUAUAGAGGAGCAGAUAUCUCUCUUCGAGAGCAUAAAGCCACUCUUCAGCAACAAGCCACUGAUCGUGGUUCUCAACAAGAUGGAUGUUAUCCGGCCUGAAGACCUGGCUCCGGACAAGAGGCAGCUCAUUGAAGAGUUGGAAGCCCGCUGUGCUAAGAACCCUGUCAACGCUGACUCAAACUCUGAGCUCUCGACGGUCCCCGUGAUGAGAACUUCCACGGUCACCGACGAAGGAGUUCAGGAGGUCAAGAUCGAGGCCUGCGAGAGGCUGCUCGGGCACAGGGUCACUGAGAAAAUGCGGACUAAGAAGGUGGACGGCAUCCUAAACCGUCUGCACGUGGCGACGCCGGCCCCACGUGAUGGCAAAGAACGCCCCCCAGUUAUCCCCCCUUCGGUGCUGGCCAAGAAACAAGCGGCGGCGGACAGAGAGGCUAGGAAGAGGAAACUUGAGAGAGAAAUCGAAGUGGAAGAGGGAGACGACUAUGUGCUGGACUUAAAGAAGAACUACACAGAUAUAGCCGAAGAGGAGCGUUACGACCCUAUCCCAGAGUUCUGGGAGGGACACAACAUCGCCGAUUACAUCGAUCCGGAGAUAUUCGAGAAAUUAGCCGAGUUAGAGCGAGACGAAACGUUGAGGGAAGAGGGAGGCAUGUACGCAGUACCGAAGAUAGAAUUAGACGAGACCAUGAAGGAAAUCAAACAACUGGCUAUACAAAUUCGCAACAAGAAAGCGGUCCUCAAAGACGAGUCGCGCAUCAACAAGCAAAGCACGAAGCCCGUCAUGCCGCGCAACACGCGCGCCCGGGAACGAGGCCGCUCCACCACCAAGCUCAGGGACGAGAUGGAGAAACUUGGUGUGGACAUGUCAGAGACGAAAGAGGCGCACUUCACCCGCACUCGCUCCCGCUCCCGCUCCCUCUCCGCGCCCGCGGUCAAGAAGGCGCGCGUGGACGUGUCCCGCGCGCGCUCCGUCUCGCGGCCCGCCAGGGACGAGCAGGGAGUCAAGGACACACAGAUGGCGAAACGCGCCAAGAACAUGGCCCACGUGGCCAUCGCUCGCAAGACGAAGAAGAUGGGGCUCAAGGGCGAGGCCGACCGCUUCAUCGGCACCAAGAUGCCCAAACAUCUGUUCUCCGGCAAGCGGGGCACCGGCAAGACCGACCGACGAUAAGAAAACUUUAUACAGCGAUUUUAGGGUUAAUUUUCAAAUAUAUUACUGGUUAUGUCAUAUCUAUGGUAUUUUUAACAUCCAUUUAAGUAUCCACAUAUUGGCAAUAUUGCCAAUAUCGACAGAUGUGCAAUGUGCAUUUGAGCAAAUAAGAUCGAUUUUUAUAUUACAAUAAAGACUUUGAUGAUUUUAAGUUCAUUUAUAUUAAAGGCAAUAAUAUACCUUCGUCUUCACGCCUAUAGGCACUGGUCCCACCGCGAGCUAGUAAGCUAUGAGCUAUCGGUUAUAAAAACGAACAAAAGAUAGUCGCUCCCGUGUAAAUAAAAGAGACACGGCGAUGUUUAUAGUUACUCGCCCAGCGGUGAGCUAUCAAAAUCGCCGUCUCUCUUUUAUUUGCACGGGAGUGCUUAUCUUUUGGUCGUUUUUAUAGCCGAUAGCUCAUAGCUUACUAGCUCGCGAUGGGACCAGUGCCAUAAGGACACAUGUGCGUUUGCGUUUAUAAAGCCGAUUUUAAUAGUAAAUAUAAAAAUAUGUAAUUAUUAGACAGAUAUUAGGAGUUUACCUUUGUAUUAGUAUUUUAUUUUUCACCACAAAAAAUAUCUGACUACAUUGAUAUCUAUUUUGUUACUUUAAGUGUUCAAGAGAAAGUGACAAUUAAAAUGCACUAAAUAAAGUUGUACAAAAAUAUA